GGAAGCACGGCGUCUCCUAUUUUCAAAGGAUGGUUUCCUCUAGGAUUGUUUUGGCUUUUGCGUUUGUGUCGAUAUUUUUUAUCGGUUUGACCACUUGGAAGAGCUCGAAUAUUGGUAUCCGAGGGCUGUUAUUACUCUUUGGAAGGGCCCUUCUUUUUCUUGGCUUUGUCACCUGGCUUGUUUCCACUGUUAUCCCCCGGAUCAAGUCUGUAGUAUGGACUCCUCCGAAACACUUCCCUGAAGACAUUGUUCCAGAUGCAGAGGUGGAAAGGAAACUGCAGCUAGCAAGGAAGGAGAAGCAGGAGGAAUACAGAACAAGAGUAGCAGCAUACCAGGAAAAUGUCCUUCAUCCACGAGAAGAAAUCAAACUUAGAAAAAAAGAAGAGAAGUUCUAUCAAAUGACUGGGGAAAAAUGGAAAUUAAGUCAUGGUUAUGUACUUGGGGUUGAUGAAAAUUCAGAGCACAUAUCCUCUCAAGAGCCAGAAGUUGCUUUUGAGUCUCCAAAUGUAGAAGCACGAUGUAGGAGGAAGCUCCCAGAAAGCAUUACCCAAUUGCCACCUUCACCCAAGCCUAUUACUUCUAAGAAGAUUGUCAUUUUGCCAGAAGAACCUCCGUUUGAUAUGGAAGGGGUCUUCACAAUAGCCCUUAGAAGUCCAAGUGGAAGGAUUUUCAAAAGAAGGUUCAUUGAUUCACAAAGUACUCAGGUGCUGAUGGACUGGAUCUUGAAAUUAGGCUACCACCCUGCGAUUUACACCAUCUACACCACCUAUCCCAGAAGACCCCUUGAGGCCACACAAGAAACAACACUGGGAGACAUUGGUCUGGUAAAAGACAUGGUUUUGAUCAUUGAUGAAAAAGACACUUAAGCUUCAGAUGCCAUAGCUAAUGAUUAACUGUUUGGACAGCACAGAAAUGGAGAGAAUGCGCAGCUUCUUUUCCAAACGGACAUCACUAGUAGACACUUGAAAGAAAACCAAAUGACCAGAGGGUCGUCACAGCACUCAUUUGAAGGUAUCUCCACUACAUUAGUGUUCGUCUGCUUUUCCUGUUAAAGUAGGCCAACACCGCCUCCUCCAGCCCUUCCUGGGUAAUACCCAGAUGCUCCAAGGACAGUUAAGCAAUAAGAGUUCUCUGCCGCAUCCCAUGUCUGCUCCUCGGUCUUCUCCACAUGAGCUAAAACCUCAGAAGGUUGAUCAAACCAUCUGCUAAAAAUAUACAUACAGUGGUACAGUGAACUUCACUCCUGAGCUGAAACUUCCAGAAUAUGCAGCCAAAACCGUGGUAGCUGACAUCGCUCUGUUCUUGAAGACCUCCAUCACACUGUUUUGGUUCUCAUCUUGUAGCUGCAGAAUUAUUUGACAGAUGAGGUUCCACAUUAUCUGCCAAUAAGGUAACACGUUAUCCACAUUGUCAGUCCAAAUAACCUGCAGGUGUUUGGACUGUGGCAGGAAACCUGUGAGGACAUGGUGAGAGCACCAGUGACUCGGACCAGCGCAGGACCACUGCUCCACCCUGCCACCCACAGAAAAAGAUGCAAAACAAAAUGUAAACUUUACCAAUUCAGAGUGUGCGGCACAUCAUGGCUACAGACGCCCAGGACAUGAAGAAGCUGAAGAUCUGCGGCUUUCAUAGCAGUUUUCCCAGCGCAGGAGCUUUGAUUUCAGGAAUCAUUGAGGUCCAGUGAGGUCUCAUGUAGGCCUAUGAUAACAGCAACUGUAACCAUUAAGCAAAAUAAAGAAAUGCAAAGAAGAGGGAUGCACUGCAAAGUGUGGUGCGAUUGGGAGUUCACAGGGGACCCUCUCCCCACCUUAUUGCUUCGAUGUGACUGCAGUUUCACGGGGGAGUGGAUGACGCGGCACAUCAUAAAGGCAGCUAUGAAGUGUGAUGCGGUGCUCCAUCUUCACCAAUAACUCCAAAGUCCAAAAUACUAACAGAUUUGUAAGGUGGCGCCAGUACUUGUGGUCAACCAUUCAGCACAAUUCAUUGCUCGAGGCCCACCUACAAUGGUUCCUGAUUGAAGGAGAAGGACAAACCUGGAGUAGGAGCUCAAGAAGGUACCAGGAACUACAAAUGACCCGAGUUCCUGUGGUGGGAAUGCCACAAAUGUUCCCAAGUUUCUAAAAAGUCCCUGAUUCCUGAAAAUUUCUCGUGGUGGGAAAGUACCUCACGUCACUGCCAUCUGUCUUUUUGCAAAAAUUGGUUUAGAAAUGUGACGCUCUGAGCCGUCUGAUUUUCCCACCUACUUUUAAGCACAGUUCUCUUAUGGGGGUCUCCAUAUACAUCUAGUUCUGCCAGACUAAACCAUACGGGGGUACUGGUGGGAGGUGACGGGGCACACGGCAGUACAUUGUAAAGUUGAUUUAAGAUUAAUAAAGGAAUUUGGCACGGGACAUGGAGAAUGUCAAUUUUUUUUUUCCUUACAAAUUCCUUUUUUGCCUUUCUAGCCUAAGCAAAAUUUUAGUAUGAAAUCUGAGAAAGGUUUUAUAUACGAGACUCCAGGAGUUCCUACAAACCCAGAGCUCAUUUUCACGAUUUAGGAUUAGUAAAGUUUAUAUAUUGCAUAUGGUUUUAGUAAACAAAU